UGCUGGAUUUGAGGGACGGCCACUUAGGGGGGGUGCUGGAUUCGAAGGAGGGACGCUUAGGGAGGGUGCUGCAUUCGAAAGACGGCUGCUUUGGGGGGUUGCUGGAUCGGAGGGACGGCUGCUUAGGGCCGGUGCUGGAUCCGAGGGAGGGACAUUUAGGGAAGGUGCUGCAUUCGAAAGACGGACGCUUAAGGGGGUUGCUGGAUCCGAGGGACGGCCGUGCACGGAGGGCGUCUUCUUGGCCGAGUCCUCAGCAGGAAGGACUUGGAUUGGCUUGGGCAUGUCCACCGUCCCGGCUGGUCCCGUCUUGCUGAAAACAGACACACACACCCCAAAAAAAAUGUCACGGGAUCCCAUGAAGGACAGAGUCCUCCUGGCCAAGGCACAAACUGAAAUCCUGCCGGGGCCGUCUCUCAAAAUGAAACUCCAAGGUCCCCAGAAGCCAGAGGAUAUCAGGAGAGGACCGGCUUUCUUGAGCAACACAAAUGGAGACAGACCAAAACCCCAGAUGGAACGCCUCGUCCAUCAGCUCCAACCUCAACCCCAACCCAAACGGGAGGUUCAGGUCAAAAUCCUGGCCCGACCCAGUAUUCCUGAGGGGGUCAGUUGGUGGCAGAUAUUUGCUCUUGCACUGAUGACAGCAGCACUGAUCCUGUUCUUCACGCUGAUGGGUUUAAUUUAUGUUUACAUGAUGAAGGCAGAGAGGAUGAACACCUCAAUUCGACGUCUGCAACGCAUGGAGAUGCAGCUGAAGGUGGCUGUAAGGCAGCAGGCAGGAAACUCAGUCUUGACUUGUAAACCCUGCAAAGACAAUUGGUUGCAGUGGGGAGACAACUGUUACCUGGGCACUCAUGAGCCGAUGACCUGGAAUGAGUGCAUAGACCAUUGUGAGAUCUAUGGAGCCAGCUUUCUGAUCGGGGGAACGUCAGGAGAAAUGGAAUUCCUGAUUUUGCAGGCUCGUAAGUGGCUUGCCAGCAAGAGCACGCGGAGCAUAAUCCAAGGUUACUGGGUUGGUUUGAUGUACAACGGGACUGAGAAAAUCUGGAGCUGGGCCAACGGAGCACAUCUCCACCUCAAUCUGCGCGAAAUCGAAACACGGCCUCCUUCCUUUUUGCACGCGUGUGUCUUAUUUACUCACCCUGAUGAUGUCAUUACUAAGCACUGCUCCUCCUUGAACUAUUGCUUGUGCAAGAGAAGCACCUAAUGAGCCAAGCAAUGCUGUGUCAAGAUGCCACUCAAGAUUCUUGUAAUUCCCACACACACACACACACCCUGCGAACAUCCCCUCUUCCACUCACAUGAUGGCCCCUUUUGCCUCCGUGGCCAUCUCUGCAAACACAUAA